GCGGAAGUAAAAUACGUUUACAGUAUUAAUCAGUUUGUGUACCACACAUUGGGCCCAGAUGUGCUUAGACUGUGUUAAACAGAAGUGCCCUGAUAGGGGAUCAAUGUGCCUGGACUCUGGUGCAUACUUAGUGAAUUACCAUGGCUGUAGCGAAUGCAAACAGAAAGAACCCCUAAAGACAGUGGAUGUACAGAAAGAUAUUGAAGAAGAUGGAGAGGAGUCUGUUUCUUACCAACAUGUGUGCCCUAAUUGCAUGCAUGUGGUUGCUGAGCAUAGCUAUAGUUUCAGUGUAGACGGUGAAUUCCAGGAUUAUAAUAUGUUUUGUAUGCUUUGUGGUAAAGGUUCCGAUACAAUCAGCAUCAAUCCAACAGACCCCAGGAAACAACAGACUCUUUUCUGAGACAGAGCUUCAAAUGCACAUUUUGUUAGGCAUGUGACAGACAGUUGUGAAAGUAGUAGAAUUGACUCAAUAUCCAUGGUCGUUUUUUGUUUGUAUUUGUUGGAAAGAAAAUAAUAGCUGCCUCAUUCCAUCAA